UUAGGGGUUUAUUUGGGUUUUGUUGUUGUUGUUGUUGAUUACUUUACAUGAACUUAGAAGUGGUUCUGAUGGUCCAGGCAGAAUGAGUAAUAAGCGUUAUUCUCUUAGCAGUUUUCCCAAGCUAUGUCCUGUCUAAGCGGCCGGUCUCCAGACCCAUCCUCCUCCGUCCGCAUCCACGAGGGAGCAGAGGUGCCUUGAACGUGCAGAUUGGCUUCAGGAUCAGCAUUUUAGGUGCGCAUCCAUGUAAAGUGGCAGAUAUGGAGCUACAGACUGCCCCGCCUUCUCAGUCGCAGGUUUCCCCUGAAUGCAGGGUUCUUCCUGGCAGGUUCGCCUCAGAGAAAAUUCCCCUCCUCCCCAAGUUCACGUCACCAGCAGAUUCCUCUCUUGGAGUAGGUGCCUCUCGGUUGCACGUCCCUUCAGUGGCGCAAGGUCCUCGCUAACAGAUUCCCAUCCCCCAAGGUUCGCCUGAGCCGCAGGCUCUCCUUAGUCUCCGGUUUGCAUCAGCUGCAGGGUCUCGGCUCCAGAUUCCCUUUAUUCGUAGGCUCGCUUCGGUUCCGGAUUCCCUGCUACGGCAGAUUCGCCUCACCCGCCAGGCUCCGCCCUCGCCGGGCUCACGUCGGGUGGCGGUGUGCGUAGCAGUCGGCUGUGGCGGGCGCAGAGGACCUCAUGGCGGCCCGGCCUCAGUCCUCGGGGGCCGCAGUGUCUGCGGCCGCUUACCCUGACUCACCCGUGGAGUUACCCGCCCGCCUACAGAAGGGCGCGAUGCGGCGCCGCUUCUGGGGCGUGUUCAACUGUAUGUGCGCCGGUGCGUUCGGGGCCCUGGCCGCCGCCGCCGCCAAGCUGGCCUUCGGGAGCCAGGUGAAUAUUGGCUUAUGUGUCUUAGGCAUUAUUGCCAUGGCCAGCACCAAUUCCCUGAUGUGGACCUUCUUUAGCCGCGGGCUCAGUUUCUCUAUGUCUUCGGCCAUUGCGUCUGUCACAGUGACUUUUUCGAACAUACUUUGCUCGGCCAUCUUAGGCUACGUGCUGUAUGGAGAGUGCCAGGAGAUCUUGUGGUGGGGAGGGGUGUUCCUCAUCCUCUGUGGGCUCACCCUGAUCCACAGGAAGUUCCCACCGGACUGGAAGGAGAGCAAGCAGCAGUGAUGACAGUAAAUCCACUGUAAAGAUAACCAUGAUACCCAGCCAUGGGUCCGCAAGUAGGACUGCUUCCAGGGCAGCCUGGGAGUGCAGCCCUGUCAGCCACAGGGAGGUGCCAGACCAGACCCUGGCCUCUGACCACCUCACAGCUUGAAGGCUAAAGCAUUAGCUCCUGUAAGGGGAAGAUGACUACCACAGCAUGAGGCCCAAGUCCUUCAGUAUUGGUAUAGGGCCUUGAUUCUUAUGCACCGGGGAGUCCUGGAAGACUUUGUGAUCUUGGGUUGCACAGCAACUUGGCAGGUACCUGAAAAAAAAAAAAAAAAACAAACAAAACACGUGGUUAGAAUCCUGCCACCUGACCAGGGUCCUUCAUGUAGCCCAGCACUGACAGCUGGCAGGGCCUCCUGACAAAACAACAAACAUGUAUUGUGUCAUGCCUUAGGUCAUCUGUGAUGCCUAUGAAUCCAAAGCAAAAGAAGGCAACUCGGGCUAAUAAACACUUCCUUGUAAGUUAAA